AAAAAUCGCCAACACCAAUAACUGGUUACGCUGUUCAACAUGGCAACGACGACACCUACGACAAACAAGCGCCGCAAGGUCGAGCAGAAGCAUCCGCUGGUCAUCGCCGAAGAGAUCACGGAAGAAGACGUUGUGGAUGCCCACGAGUUGUCCGAGGACACGGGACUGCAUAGCUCGACCAAGGCCAAGAUGUAUUUCCAGUGGCUGAUUUACCCCGUCACAGUGGAGGACUUUUACGCCAACUACUGGGAGCGAAAGCCGCUGCACAUCAAACGGAACUUCCCAGACUAUUACGAUGGAUGGUUUAACCGCCAAGAAAUCGAGCGCAUGCUGAAAGAGCACACGCUGGCGUAUGGCGAAGACAUCGACCUGACCAAGUACGAGAACGAGACGCGCACGACUUUGAACCCCAGCGGGACGGCCACGUCCAAGACGGUUUGGAAGCAUUUCGAAGACGGGUGCUCGGUGCGGCUGCUCUGUCCUCAAAAGUUCUCGGACAAGAUGUGGAAAAUGCUGUCGAUCCUUGAAGAAGAAUGGGGAUGCAUGGCUGGGUCCAACACGUAUCUUACGCCCAAAGGCACCCAAGGAUUUGCGCCGCACUAUGACGACAUUGAAGCGUUCCUGUUGCAAGUCGAAGGCAAGAAGCUAUGGAAAGUGUAUGCGCCGCUGAGUGACGACGAAACCCUUCCCCGCCACUCGAGCCGCAACUUUGCCCAAGACGAAAUUGGCAAGCCAGUGCUGGACAUUACACUUGAGCAAGGCGACUUGCUCUACUUUCCCCGUGGGUUUGUUCAUCAAGCCCAAAGCCCCGACGAUGUGGACUCGUUGCACGUGACCGUGUCCACGGGCCAGCAGAACUGCGUCGGCAACUUGCUUGAGACGUUGCUUCCACAAGCGUUGGCAGGGGCCAUCGCGUCCAACGUGGACCUGCGCAAGUCGCUGCCGCGAGACUACUUGGGCUACAUGGGGGUCAUGCACUCGGACCUCGAAGGCGACGCCCGUCGCGACGAGUUUUUGACCACGUUGAAAAAGCAACUGCGCCUCGUGGUGACGGAAGCCAUGGGUAUUGUGGACGCAGCGUGCGAUCAGAUGGCUCGCAACUUCUUGGUGGACCGCCUUCCGCCUGCGCUCGAAGACGAAGAAGAGGACUGUACCGUGGAAGGCAGCCCUCGGCCUAAAAUCAACGUGAACGCUCGGUUCAAGUUGCUUCGCUAUGGCAUAGUGCGAUUGGCGAUUGAAGAAGGCAAAGCCGUGGUGUACCAUUGCAAGGAAAAUUCCCGGAAACACCAUGAAGUGGCCUUGUCCCCGUUGGAAUUCGAAUUGGACGACGCGGAAAGCAUCGAGUUUGUCUUCAACAGUUACCCGUCGUUCUUCCGCGUGGGGGAUUUGCCCCAUGAAGACCCAGCCGACCAGAUCGGACUGGUCAAGGCCUUGUACGAGGAAGGGUUGCUCAUGUUUGAAAACGACAAACACGACGAUUAACCACGUCACAUAAACACAUGACGACAACAUUGUACUUAUCAAC